GCAGGCCUUUUGGCUUAACGCUUCUCUCGGUGUCUGCAGCACUCUCUGCUUCUUCCCGGGCGCGACAUCCGGCGGCUAGAAAUUCGCCAUGUCUAUCCUCAAGAUCCAUGCCAGAGAGAUCUUCGACUCUCGUGGGAAUCCCACUGUUGAGGUUGAUCUCUGUACCUCAAAAGGUCUCUUCAGAGCUGCUGUGCCCAGUGGCGCCUCAACUGGUAUCUAUGAGGCACUGGAGCUCCGGGACAAUGACAAGACCCGCUAUAUGGGGAAAGGUGUCUCAAAGGCUGUUGAGCACAUCAAUAAAACUAUUGCACCUGCCCUGAUUAGCAAGAAACUGAGCGUCGUGGAGCAGGAGAAGAUUGACAAACUGAUGAUAGAGAUGGAUGGAACGGAAAAUAAAUCUAAAUUUGGUGCAAACGCCAUUCUGGGAGUAUCCCUGGCUGUCUGCAAGGCUGGAGCUGUUGAGAAGGGGGUGCCGCUGUACCGCCACAUUGCUGACUUGGCUGGCAAUGCCGAGGUCAUCCUGCCAGUGCCGGCCUUCAAUGUCAUCAACGGUGGUUCUCACGCUGGCAACAAGCUGGCCAUGCAGGAGUUCAUGAUCCUGCCCGUCGGUGCAGCAAACUUCCGGGAAGCCAUGCGCAUUGGAGCAGAGGUUUACCACAACCUGAAGAAUGUUAUCAAGGAGAAAUAUGGGAAAGACGCCACCAACGUGGGGGAUGAAGGCGGGUUUGCUCCUAACAUUCUGGAGAAUAAGGAAGCCCUGGAGCUGCUGAAGAAUGCCAUUGGGAAAGCCGGCUAUACCGAUAAAGUUGUCAUUGGCAUGGACGUAGCUGCCUCUGAGUUCUUCAGGUCAGGGAAGUAUGACCUGGACUUCAAGUCACCCGAUGACCCCAACAGGUACAUCACACCUGAUGAGCUGGCCAACCUGUACAAGUCCUUCAUCAAGGACUACCCAGUGGUGUCUAUCGAGGACCCCUUCGACCAGGAUGACUGGGAGGCGUGGCAGAAGUUCACCGCUAGCGCAGGAAUCCAGGUGGUGGGGGAUGAUCUCACCGUGACCAACCCCAAGCGGAUUGCCAAGGCCGUGGGCGAGAAAUCCUGCAACUGCCUCCUGCUCAAAGUGAACCAGAUCGGUUCUGUGACCGAGUCUCUCCAGGCGUGCAAGCUGGCCCAGUCAAAUGGGUGGGGCGUCAUGGUGUCUCACCGCUCUGGGGAGACUGAAGACACCUUUAUCGCCGACCUGGUGGUGGGGCUCUGCACUGGACAGAUCAAGACUGGCGCACCUUGCCGAUCCGAGCGCUUGGCCAAGUACAACCAGAUCCUCAGAAUUGAAGAGGAACUGGGCAGCAAGGCUAAGUUUGCUGGCAGGAACUUCAGAAACCCGCUGGCUAAGUAAGCUCUGGGCGGGCAAGCCCGAGUCCUGCAGUCACUAGUCGGCUAAGUAGACCUCUGCUCCUGAUGUCUGCACAGGCAGCUCAAGGCCCCAGCCAAUACUCAGAGGGGCCUCUGGUAGUUAACUGCCCUCUCCCAUGCUUGUAACGUUCUCACUGCUUCCUUAGAACUGCUACAGAAGCCAAGCUUGACCAUCUGGAGCCCUGCUGGAAACCCUAGCUCUAUAAUCAUGUGAUUGGCCCAAAUCAUUGUUUUUCUCACCUCGCUUGCCACCAAGUGUCUGGAGCCAUGUGGAUCUACAGUGUAAUCUCUGAGGUGUCCAUAGCCAAGAGCCCCAAUGGUUUUGUGUGCAAAAUAAAAAGGCCUCAGUGACCUGUAGGGAA